ACUCCUUUGGCUCUCAUGCCGCACCCUUAGAUGCCACGCAGUCUGGGUGCCUUAUGCACUGUGGAAAGGUUCACUGGAUCUAUGUGUGGAUGAAAAACAUCAUUUUUUUCCGCCCCCUUCCUUUCCACUUAUCUACCCUUUCUAUGCUUAUUAGGCCGAGGCUUACAAUGAAAUGGCUUCUAAGCGUCAGAAAUUUCAAAGUGUAAGAAUAUUCCCUGUGGGUUAUACGUGUGUUUGUGUUUGUUGUGUGUGUCCAUCCGCGCUUAUGCAAAAUAUCCCAGCGUCACUGUUCGGAAUCCGGACAAGCACAGGGAGAAAUCCCAGUUCUUUCCAGGGAUUCCCUCUGUCCUGCCUUCCUCUUCUCUGGCACCCCCAAAAGAGGAGAAGAACUGCGGUGAGCAGAGCCAGCAGCCAUCCCCGGAUCAUGCCUCAAUGAGCCGGGCGGACUUCGAGGGCAACUUGCCGCGGACUACCUGGGCUUAGCCAGGGGACGGCUAGGGAACCGGAGCCCGGAACUACAACGUGCGGCCCGGCGGGGGGCUAUCGUCUAUGUCUUCUUGGGGCGCCCGGAGGAUCCGGGUCUCGGUUUUGCUGGAAGAGCUCAGCACCGGUGGCUUCAAGUGGCUGUCAUCGCCGCCGCGGAAGCUGCAAGUCCUGCUUCUACCACUGGUGAGAGGAGUGGAGACGCGCGAGCGGGGAGACCUCCGAGGCAGCGAGGCAUUGGACAUGUGUCAGCACAUCUGGGGCCCACAUCCGACAAGCCAGAGGGAAUAUUUGCAGGAACAAUUCAAACUGCGAUAUUGAUCUUGGGGGUGACUGCCCCUGACCGGCUGUCGGGUGGGAGCGCGAGUGUGCGCUCUCUCGGGAGUGUGUGCGUGUGUGUAUGUGUGUGCCGUGUCGGGCCCCCUCUUCCCCCUUGUUUUCCCGUCGAGUGAUGCACUUGGAAUGAGAAUCAGAGGAUGGAAAUAGUCUGGGAGGCGCUUUUUCUUCUUCAAGCCAAUUUCAUCGUCUGCAUAUCAGCACAACAAAAUUCACCAAAAAUCCAUGAAGGCUGGUGGGCAUACAAGGAGGUGGUCCAGGGAAGCUUUGUUCCAGUUCCUUCUUUCUGGGGAUUGGUGAACUCAGCUUGGAAUCUUUGCUCCGUGGGGAAAAGGCAGUCGCCAGUCAACAUAGAGACCAGUCACAUGAUCUUUGACCCCUUUCUGACGCCUCUGCGUAUCAACACUGGAGGCAGGAAGGUCAGUGGGACCAUGUACAACACUGGAAGACAUGUGUCCCUUCGCCUGGACAAGGAGCACCUGGUCAACAUAUCAGGAGGGCCCAUGACAUACAGCCAUCGGCUGGAGGAGAUCCGGCUACAUUUUGGGAGUGAGGACAGCCAAGGGUCCGAGCACCUUCUCAAUGGACAGGCCUUCUCUGGAGAGGUGCAGCUCAUCCACUACAACCAUGAGUUAUACACAAAUGUCACAGAAGCUGCAAAGAGUCCAAACGGAUUGGUGGUAGUUUCUAUAUUUAUAAAAGUUUCUGAUUCAUCAAAUCCAUUUCUUAAUCGAAUGCUCAACAGAGAUACUAUCACAAGAAUAACAUAUAAAAAUGAUGCCUAUUUACUACAGGGACUUAAUAUAGAGGAACUAUAUCCAGAGACCUCUAGUUUCAUCACUUACGAUGGGUCAAUGACUAUCCCACCCUGCUAUGAGACAGCGAGUUGGAUAAUAAUGAACAAGCCUGUGUAUAUAACCAGAAUGCAGAUGCAUUCCCUACGUCUACUCAGCCAGAAUCAGCCAUCGCAGAUCUUUCUGAGCAUGAGUGACAACUUUAGGCCUGUCCAGCCACUCAAUAAUCGCUGUAUCCGCACCAACAUCAACUUCAGUUUACAGGGGAAGGACUGUCCAAACAACCGAGCUCAAAAGCUGCAAUAUAGAGUAAAUGAAUGGCUCCUCAAGUAGGGAACGAAGCCAAGAAGAACCCCACCCACCUCAGUGAAAUGCUACAACUGUGAACUGACGUAACCCAGAAUGCCCCCCUUCUUUCUUCUCUCCUUCCUCCCUAAGCCGUUCACUCUUUGGAUUGGCCCCUUAUUCAUGAAAAGUAUCUGCAAAAACAUGGGAGAGGAAGACAUCUCUCUACGCACUCCCAAACACACACACACACACACACACACACACACACACACACACUCACUCAGAGGCAAACACAAAUACACAUAUAUACACCUAUACCACUUCCAUGAUGGGAAGUCAAGUUUCAGAAAUGAAAAGCUCAUUCAUAAAAAGUCUUAGAAGAAAAUAACCAGUUAACCCGAUUACAAUUUUGAUACUGUUUUCCUGAACUAGUAAACCUACCCAAUGAGACUUUUCAGCCUUUGUACAUACAAAAUUCUUCCAAAAGAGAGGGGAGAAAACAGCUCUAAAAGCAUCAAGUGGACUCUGCAUCUCAUUGUUCCUGACAGUGUCCUAAGAUCCUUUGAGGAUGCUGGUGACAGGUGAACCAGGACAGAGCUGACCAAGGACACUUAUUUCUAGAUUAUGAUUCUUCUGUUUACUCAACGAUUUAAAAAGAAAAUUUAAAAAAAAAAGGACAGACAUCGAAGAGCUACACAUUGUAUAUAUAUAUCACCACAGACUAUAAAGAAAUGGAAUUAUUUCCCUCUUUGUCACAUAUCUGUAGUAGGAUUUGCCAAGAUCAGAAUUGAUCCAUUUGCUGUUUCUUGUUUUCCGAAGAUCAUACAUUGUGUUUGGUUAUUGUUAACUGCUCAAUAAAUGUGUUUGAUGCGUUGAUUUCAUUUUUCUGGCUUUGGUCUGUUCUUCUGACAGGCUAAGCCCUGGGUCCAUCCAGCUCCCUUCCUGGGUCUCAUCUGUUCCUUCAUCUCUGUGUUUUGUCCACUUGCAGCCAGUUUUACUGAGUUUGUGGCAAGCAGGAAUGCAUUUGCUAAGCAAGUAUAACUUUAAUUCCACUCCAUGGCUCGAUCAUUCAUCCAAGGUGAGCUUCGGCCUGACAUAGCAGGCAACAGAUUCCUUGUUUCAAAACUGCCAUUCCCUUCCCCCUUGUGAUGCUCCCAAAGGAAUGCACUUUGCCUUGUAAAUUCCUGGGAAAUGGGGUGUCUUUUUCUCUCCAGGUGCAGCCAGAUCUCACAAACUACAAACGAAUGCCUUUCUUUUCUUGUUUAUAAUAGUCACUCACUGUGUUUGGUUACUGUCAAAAGAAUCAAUAAAUGUGUUUAACAAGUUGUCCAGU